AUGGCCAUGUAUGGAUUGAUUGGGCAUUACACUCACUUGCCUGUUCAUCUUAAACCAUGCUUUCUUUACAUGGGAAUCUUUCCGGAAGAUCAUAUCAUUCGUGACUCUCAUAUGAUCAAACUUUGGGUCGCUGAAGGAUUUAUAAAACCAAAUAAAUCCCAAAGCUUGGAAGAGAUUGCCCGAGGCUACUUGAACGAUCUCAUUGACAUGAAUCUCAUUUUAAAACAUAGUUUGGGAUCAAAUGGAAAAAUUCAAUAUUGUAAGAUCCAUGAUCUUUUGAGAGACUUAUGUCUAAAGGUAUCUCAAAAGGACAAGUUUGUUUGUAUGAUGAACGACAUUCCACAAGGCGUGGAUAUGGAGCCUCCCACUAUUACGAAUAACCGUACUUUGGUGACACUCACAGUUUGGGGUAUACCUACGCGUAGCAUUAGAAUGUUGAGAGUUAUUGUUGUGUUUGGCAAACUUUGGACGACCAAGAAAAUCUUAAUUCAAGAUGCUUUCGCUCAAGUUAACUUACGGUAUCUUGACUAUGAACGCUUUCUUUUUGGCAAGAUUCCUAGCUCAAUAACCAUGCUAUGGAAUGUGCAAAACCUAUAUAUUAAAGGGCUGAGAGGGGGCGCUGAUGCACCAUCCGAAAUUUGGGAGAUGCGACAACUUAGGCAUGUGCAUAUCAUGGGGUUGGUCCUUCCUGAUCCUUCUCCGAGUGACCAAAAAGACGACUCUGUUUUGCUAAAUAAUCUUCAAACACUCAAGAAGGUAAAUAACUUGAGAUACAGUGUGGAAGUUUGUAAGAGAGUCCUCAAUGUCAAGACAUUGAGCAUACAGUAUAAUAAGUUCGCGAAGAGGUUCAAGGACAACUGCCUAUACAACUGCUGCCGCUUACAAAAACUUGAAUCACUCAAGUUCCAAUACCCUCGAGAGCAUGACGCACUGCAGGAUCUCACUUUCUUGAGUUCGCUGAAGAAGUUAUAUUUAAGAUGUUGCACGAUCAAGUGGGAAGAUUUGACAACUAUCGGCUCGUUGCCACAUCUUGAGGUCCUCAAACUCCGACUCAGUCCAAACACCGCGGGACACGUGUGGAAUCCUAUUGAGGGAGAAUUCCUUCGCCUGAAAUUCCUGUUUAUAGAAUGUAUUUAUCUAGUUAACUGGAAUGCAGACAGCUCUCACUUUCCGGUUCUGGAGAAACUUGUUCUUGAAGAAAUGGAGAAGUUGGAGGAAAUCCCUUUGGAUAUUGGAGAAAUACCAGCACUCGGAGCUAUUAGCUUGAAGAGCUGCAGCGAAUCAUCGGCUAUUUCGGCAGUGAAAAUAGCGGAGGAACGAGAAAAUGGCGGGAACGAGGCCCUUCAACUACAAGUUGAGUUCUUUUACAAGGCACAAAUGGAGAGUUUCUUGGAGAAGAUGGAACGAGAGAGCCUCACAAUCAAUAACCUCGAACUCAAGCUCACAUCUAACUGGUAA